GUCGUAAAUAAACAGGACGGAUUUGAUUACGGCGAUAUCCCAGCGUGCCUUGCGCGUCGGAGAGGAAGGACAAUUUUUUCUAGAGAGGACACGUUGAAGAAGCGUCCCAAGGCUAACCUAGGCCGUGCCCUGUUUCAACAUCGUUUAAACCUCCCACUGACUGAAGGAUAGAAAAAUGGCCGAAGCCGUGUCAGAUAAGAUCAAGAACUACAAGACGGCUCCGUUUGACGCCCGAUUCCCAAACACCAACCAGACCCGAAACUGCUUCCAAAACUACCUGGACUUCCACAGGUGCAACAAAGCUCUGUCAGCCAAAGGCCAGGAAGUUUCUCCAUGUGAGUGGUACCAGAAGGUUUACAAGAGCCUCUGCCCUAUGAGCUGGGUUUCUAAAUGGGAUGAGCAGAUAGAAAACGGAAGUUUCCCUGGAAAGAUCUGAACUAACCCGUCAUGACAGGUGGCUGCAAGACUAUUACUUGCAACCUCUUUCAUCUGCCUACAAAUGUCUUUACAACUGUUACCCUUUCAUUAUUAGCACUGGUCUUACAAACUAAAAACACGCACAACAAGCACCGUUUUAAAGCUUAAACAUGUGUUUCCUGCCUCUGUUAUAAACUGGUCUUUAGUGUGGUUGAUUUAAUAAAUACCAGUGCAGCUUUAUUUCAGGAAGUUGUUCAGUAUUCUGCUGUCUUGGAUUGACUUGUGAGUCACCAGAGAGCAAAUAAAUCAAUUUCACAAAUCAA